UGGAGCCGUACAGCUCUGAUCUACCACUAGUCAGCUUACUGCUCUAGUUUCAAGCAUCAGUAAGUACAAGCUACUGACAGUUUCAAGCAAACAAUUAAUAGUUCCCAGCUCUCCAUACGCGUUGAACACACCGUGCGGAUUAGUUGCGUUUUGCUUUUUGGAUCUGGAGGAAGUGAUCGUCAGAGUACGCUGUCCACUUACCAAGCUGAAGUGGUAGAAUCAUGUUUUGUGUUUUUCGUCUCGUGUUUACCCAUCUUUUUCUUGGAGUCUUGCUGUUGGGAUUCCAGACACAUGGACAACUGACUUCUGUUACGACGGAUGAAUUCGGUCUGAUAACGACGCAACAACCGGAAGGGGAUUUUUGGUGCACCGGAAGUGAUGUUAGCUAUGACCUGGAUGAUCUUUGUGACGGAACAGCAAUUUGUCCUCAAGAUGAUGACGAAUUUCUGUGUAGUGAUAAAGACUUCAAAAGUUGCAAAACACCCGAACAGAUGCGCUGCUUCAACACAACAGGAACAUGUGUUCAGUUGACAUCCAUAUGUGACGGAAAACCAGACUGUGCUGAUCAAAGCGACGAGAUAUAUUGCGAGGCAGUAAAUUGUAGUAGUACAUGCUCGUUUUGCUCGAAGGUUGGAGCGUCAUGUGACAUGAACGGACUAAUCAACAACCUGGGAUCUUUGACGCUCCCGUCAACAAUACGAUACUUGAAACUCACGAACUUCUCCGACCUACAGUAUGGAUUGCCAAUCACUCAAGCCGAGUAUCCUCUUUUGACAAGACUACUUUUAUCCGGGAAUGGUAUAUCUGCCAUUGGGCAACGUGUGUUCGAAAACAUGACAUCUUUACGAACUUUAGACUUGUCAGGGAACAAGAUAUCCGCUUUAUCUAGAGGAUCCUUCCAAGGCAUGCCAAGACUUCAGAACUUGUAUCUGCAUGAUAAUAUGUUGAUAUUUAUUGAGAAUGGCGCGUUUAUUGGUCUUCCUGAGUUACGACGAUUAGACCUCGGUCAUAAUAAGUUAGAAUCAAUAAGUUCGGGGACAUUCCAGGAUCUCGGAAAUAUAACGGACUUGAUACUUCGGAAUAACUCUAUCAGCAUGAUUGAGACUGGGGCAUUCAGUGGACUCGACAAAAUCACCGGCAUAUCUUUUACGGACAACAAGCUAACCGAACUCCGUAAAGGAAUGCUCGAUGGACUUUCUAGUGUGGAAUGGAUAUCAUUCCGACGUAACCCAUUGUCGUAUAUCGAGCCUGGCACUUUUGACAACACGAAUAAAAUCCAAAACUUGCAGUUGGUGGAGGUUCAGCUUAACCAUCUUGAACCAGACAUGUUCAGGGGAAUCGAGAGUAUCCAAUACCUCUCGACGGAUGACUACCGUCUCUGCUGUCUCUUUGACAGUGCCGAUCAAUGCUCACAAGCUUCGAUGUCCUCGCUAGACUCCUGCACCAGACUCAUGCCUAACAACGUCCUGCGAAUCGCCAUGUGGGUACUCGGGUUCGGUGCCCUCUUCGGCAACACCAUGGUUAUUUUCAUCCGAUGCCGCAAGAAGCGAUCGAACACGAGGAAUCAUGCGCAAGUUUUUUUCAUCUCGAACUUAGCCAUCGCUGAUUGGUUCAUGGGUAUUUUCAUGAUCAUUAUAGCAUCAGCUGAUACCUAUUACGGGGAAUACUACUUCCUCAAAGCGCCGCACUGGAGAAGCUCUGGUCUCUGCAGGUUUGCAGGUGCCCUUGCCAUCCUAUCAAGUGAGAGCUCUGUGUUCUUUUUGACGAUCAUCACCGUCGAUCGAUUCCUGAGUGUCGUGUUCCCGUUCAGCAGAUUCAAAUUCCACUCCGAGUCGGCGCGGGUUUGUGUCGGCAUCACAUGGGUCAUCACUAUCAUCAUCAGCCUGGGGCCCGUGGUGAUUGGCUCAUUCGUGCCUGGGUUCUACGGGCUAUCCGACGUCUGCAUCGGUCUGCCCCUGAGCGUAGAUUCAACAGGGACGGGAACUCUAGUCUACGAUCACACCCUAGCCAUACCUGUCUUUACGCCUAACAAUGACGGGAGCCUCCAGCCAUCUUGGAUUUAUUCCAUAGUACUUUUCUUGGGUAUCAACCUCAUCUGCUUCUUAUUCAUCCUCAUCUGUUACAUCAUCAUCUUCGUCCAGGUGAGAAAAUCAGCAAACAGCAUCGGGAAGGACCGCAAAACGGGAUCCCCGCACGACCAGGAGGUGAGGAUCGCCUUCAAGAUGGCCAUCAUCGUCGGCACCGAUUUCUUGUGCUGGAUGCCAGUCAUCAUCAUGGGGAUCCUCUCCCAGGCCAGGCUGGUCGAGCUCCCUGUCUCGCUCUACGCCUGGUCGGCCGUCUUCAUCUUGCCCAUCAACUCUACCUUGAAUCCUUAUCUCUACACAUUCACGGAGUUCAUCGGUCAGAAGAAGAAGAGGGCUAAUGCGAGUCAGAAGUCGAUGAAGACAAUCAGUACAGUGGUUGCAAAUAAAAGCAGCGAACACGACACCAGAUUAUAGAUUUUUUUUUCUCAUGGUGUUAAAACACAGUUUGAUCUCGUGUUGGCUAAAUAAAUUGCACAAAAUGAGAUGUCAGUGUGCAAAAAAAGAAGAAAACAGCUCACAAACACAGUCACACGCACACGCACGCACACACACGCACACACACGCACACAUACACAUGCUCCAUGCAGCAAAAAAUAAUAUCUGAUCACCAGGACAGGUGUAAGGUGGUCUAGUAUACGUCGUCGGACUGACGAUCACAGGAUUCGCGGUUCGAGUUCCAUCGAGGUAACUAAUGCCUGUCCUUUAAUAGACAUUGCAUUAAUCUAGAUUUGCCACUCUUCACCCAGGUGUUAAAUGGUACCGGCAGGGAGGAAUUCCAUGAAUGUUGUGAGCACUAAUACAGUAGCUUAGAAGAGCCGGGGUAAUAUUGGAGCGCCUUGAGCACCUUAAGUGGUGGAAAAUUAUGUGUGCUAUACAAAUAUCCAAUAUUAUUAUUACUAUUAUUAUUAUUAUUAUUAUUAUUCCCAACUGGUGUAGAGAUUACUCGAUUAAUUACUAGAUAAUUCCAGUUGAUAUUAGAUCACUGAGACCACUUUGUUAGUAAAAGGAUAACGUGUAUAACUUGAUGCACUCUUUCAGUAGAACAAUGAAGUGGAAAUCCACUCUGUCAGAAACCACAUAAGGGAUCACUUUGUUUUUAGUUGAAAAAGUCAAUAAGCCUAUUUUGUAAUGUAACCAAAUGUAUGAAAAUGUUUUGUGAAUGGGUUACAAUUUUACUUACCAAUGCUCAAAGUUGUGUUUUUAAUGGGGGUAAAUCAACCGGAUAUUUUAAAGUUCAAAGGGGUGUAAGACAAGGAGAUCCGUUAUCUCCAUAUUUAUUUAUUUUAUGCAUAGAAUGCUUAACUCACUGCAUUAGAAAUGAUAAGUUGGUAAAAGGUAUUUGUUUUGGAGAAACAGAAAUAAAGAUGAUCUUAUAUGCAGAUGACAUGUCAAUUUUUGUACGAGACAUAAACUCGAUUAACAGAAUAGAGGUAAUCAUGGAAAAUUUUAGGAAAAUAUCAGGACUAAAGAUUAAUGGAAAUAAAACAUUCAUUUUACCCUUAGGAUCUUCUGUUGGCUCUGCGACUGUGUAUCCUUUUGGAAAGGAGGCACACAUUUUAAAAAUACUCGGUAUAUAUUUUACAUUAGAUCCCAAUGUGGCGGAAGAGAUGAAUUACAAAGAAAUAUUAAGCAAAAUAAAGAAAUUGUUAAAUUGGUGGAAACAAAGAGAUCUUACUUUGAUAGGGAAAAUUCAUUUACUGAAAACAUACGCAUAUUCAAAACUAAUCUAUGUAAGCUCUUUGACUCCAGUGCCUGAAUGGGUUAUAAAAGAAAUUGAUGAGAUCUAUUUUAAUUUUCUAUGGCGAGGUAAAGACAAAAUUUAAAAAAGUACGAUGUAUUUUGAUUACAAGCAAGGAGGAUUAAAAAUGCUCAACUUUCAACUUUUUGUGAAAGUAUAAAAGGUGAUGUGGAUUAAAAGACUUGUAACAGGAAACCAGAGAGUUAAAUGGAAAAAGUAUUUCAAAUUUUUAAUGAGACCUUUCGGAGGAAAUCUUAUUUUUUACUGUAACUAUUUACCUAACAAGAUCGAUAUACAAUUACCAAAAUACUAUCGGGAUUUAAUAAAUAUUUGGUUAGAUAUGAAUGAUUUUAUUAAAAAAGAUACAACUCACAAAGGGAAUGAAAUUUUUUUAAAUAAUAGGUUUAUACACAAUAGUGGAAAAACAUACUUCAAUGAAAAUCUUUUCUUAAAAAAUACUUAUAGAUUGUACCAUAUUAUAGAUGGAAAAGGAACAUUAAAGUCGGAAACUUAUUUCAGAUGUAUGGGACUAGAGGAAGAGGAAAUAUCAAUGCUUAAAGAAAUCUAUGGUAAUAUACCUAAGGAAUGGAAAAUCGAAUUAACAAAGAGGCAAAUUUCAUUUCAUGAUCUAAAAAUAGAAUUUAUGUUCACAAAAAAAAAAUUCCAAUUUGAAUCGGUUUGUUCGAAGAAUCUGUACAGGGCAUGCAUACAAAAAAUGCAAGACGUCCCUGUCAGUUUUCAGAAUUACAUUCAUCAUACAAUCUGUCGGUUAAAGAAAUUGAAAAGGUUUUUGUCCGACCAAGAAUUAGUACUUUAGAUAAUAAACUAAGAGAAUUUCAAUUCAAAAUGCUUUAUAAAAUUGUUUAUGUCAAUCGUUAUUUAUAUAGGUUUCAUUUCAUAUUAAGUGAUAAAUGCUCAUUUUGUGGAAAAGAAGAGGAAACAUAUAGGCACAUAUUUUUUGAAUGCGAAAUGGUGAGAAAAUUAUGGGAUCAAUGUAGUGAUAGUUUGGAUAUUCCAAUCCUUAAAGAUAUGAGCUGGAAGGAAGUUCACAUUGGAUUAGACGAAAUAACCGAAGAUAGGCAAAUGAUUAAUCACGUGGUUUUAUUAAUUAAAUAUAUUUUGAUAUUUAUUAGUAGGGAAAAAAAGAAGCCUCCAAGUAUUGAAGAAAUAAGAGAGAAAAUAUUCAAAAGUAAACAGGAAGAAAGAAAGAGUGCUACUGAACGAAAUACGUUGACGCUCCACUAUAAAAAAUGGGAACAUCUCAAGGUAAACAUGGACAAUAUGCAAGAAAAUGCAAGGGAUGAGGAAAGGGGGGCCUGCCCGGUUCACAGCUGUGUGUGAUUGACCGGUCUCGUUUCGUUUUUUUUUUUUUUUUUUUUUUUUUUU